AUGAUAAUCUUAAUGGCUCUCAAUAUAUCGGGAAUGACAAAUGCAUCAGAUCCUGAUAUCAUCUCUGAUUUUGUUCUUCCUCCGGGCCAAAAUCCAGCAAAUCUUGAUGGCAAUUUCUUCACCUUCACGGGAUUCCGACAGGUUGGGAGCAACAAUUUAACCUGGCAGAGCAAUGUGAAAGUAACAAAGGCAUCAAUGGCAGAGUUCCCUGCUUUAACAGGCCUGAGCGUUUCUAUGGCAGUGCUGCAGUUCCCAGCUGGCGGGGUGAACCCUCCCCACACACACCCUCGAGCUUCUGAACUUCUCUAUCUUUUGACCGGAUCUCUCGUUGUUGGAGUCGUUGACACCACCGGAAAGCUCUUCACGCAGACCCUCUAUGCAGGAGAUUUGUUCGUGUUUCCCAAAGGACUCCUCCAUUUCCAAUUGAAUAACGACUAUAAGAACCAGGCAUUCGCUGUUUCUGGGUUUGGAAGCGCCAAUGCGGGCACUGUUUCGCUGCCCUCUGCUCUGUUUACGAGUGGUAUAAAUAGCGAUGUUCUGGCAAAGUCAUUCAAGACAGACACCAAAACUAUUGACAUGCUCAAGGCUGCCCUCACAGCUUAA